AUGCCGACUUCUCUCAUGUGCUUCUACGCGCAAAAGCUGAAGUUAGCGGCGGUCACGUCGAUGCACAAGCUGGAGCUGGCGGUGGCGGCGAUCUGGGCCGCGACCGCAGUCGCAGACACAGUGGUAAUGCUCGGCUUUGGGGCAUCGGUUGCUGUCCCCGUGACCAUGUUGAUGUUGGCGUGGUGGGGAGGGGUGACCGGAGCCGUCGGAGCAGAUACAGGAGCCGUGGUCAUCGAAGCCCUCGCCGCCGCAGCGCUCCUCGCAGACGCCUUCGGGCUGCAGACGCGCAACCCCAGGCUCACGUGCCCUCUGAAAAUCGCCAUGGACAUAUGGCGCGAGAUGUUGAUCUUCACGGAGGAACAGGUCGUGGUCAUGCGCCACCCAGGCGAUUUGUUCUUUGGCGUCUCACUUCCUGCCCCUAAAGCAAAAGAGGAAGUAGGUCUCGGGUCUCUUGGUAGCGGCCGGGACGCGCGCGAUGGUCGAUCGAUGAACUGCUACGAGGAGCUGUCAUUCAAACGAGUGGAAUACAGAGAGUUUUACCAGCAGCGUAUGUACGGCACAAAUAUCGUCCCGCAGCAUCUACGUGGCAGGACCACGGUGAUAGUUCGAAGUGCGCGCUUCCAACGAAAAUCUACUGGCUAUCACUUCAAUGAAGAUCCAGACUCGGUCGAGUUUGGGGUCAUGCUGACCAAAAGGUACACGAUCAGCAAGCCGGUCCCGCACUGUAAAUCCCCGCACGAGAGCUGGGAGAAGCGCGACACAGAGCAGGCUUCACUUUCGUUCCGUGACGACCAAGGAUUUCCUUUGAAGCUUCGUCUGCGCUCCACCUACAGUGCCCGCACCCGCGGUGCAGUCCAAGAACGCGUGCCCGCGGCGCAGUCCAAGAACGGGGUGCCUGCAGUGCAGCACCAGCGCCCGAUGCCCGCAGUGCAGCCACAGCACCCAGAACCCGCGGUGCAGGUGAUAAACCUGGAAUAUAGUGGAGUGACGAUUCAUGGAAUGCAUGUCAAAGCCGAUAUUUACGUGGAUGGAAAGAAGAUCGAUCUAGGCACUUAA